CAUCUUUGGCUCUCUGUCCAGUUGCGUUGACUUUACAAAUUCAAAAAAGGGAAGCCCAAAUAAAGAUCUCAAACUAGAAUCCAGAACUUUAACAAUCCAGGAUUUCUGACUGGCUAUAAUUCUCUGAUUGGCUAUUAAGUCAUUGGGCCGAUCGUUUUGGGCCGACCCCGUGAACAAUCUUCCGCGCCCACCGGACUCUACACAGGUCUCUCGCCCAACUCCCGUGGACCCCAAGCUGCGAGGCUCGGGAACGGCUAGUAGCCACCCGACAGCGACCACCACCCGACCCUCAGACCAAUUUCGCGGCACCUCCCAGGAGCCAAAGAGCCACAAGGCGGAAGUCGGGAUCCACGAAAUUCGCUCGAGCCUCGAGCAUCCAGCGGCUAGUGCCGCUGUCCCCACCCGGGCCAGCGAGGCGGGCCUCCAGCCCAGACCAGUCGAGUGACGAUGCUGUGCUGAAGGGGCUUCUCAGCUUCAGGUCCCACAAAGUCAGCAACCCCAUCGUAGGUGUCUGCAGCGAAUGCCGGACGGCGGAUCGGCACCACGCCGGCGAAUCCCAAGCGGGCGUGGUACAGGCAGCAUAUCAGUGACUCCGUAGCCAGACCUAAGAAGCCGAGCACAGAAUUAGGGAGCCGGCGCAGGCCGGCGCGGGGCUGUUGCUCAGCAGGCCCGGCCAGGCUUUGGGCCCCGGGCCUUUUUGCCCGGGACUGUGCGCCUGCGCCCGGCCGGCCGCCGCCUGCUCUCCCGGAGCGGCCCCGGCCCCUGCUGCAAGCGCGCCGCCUGCGUGUCUGGACGAUCCAUGGGCAGCAGCCAGGGCCAGGAUGACAGAUUACGUCGAGGAGCAACGCAACGAGCUAGAGGCUCUGGAGUCCAUCUACCCCGACUCCUUCACAGGCAGAUGUCUCUCAGCUACCCCCGUAUAGCUCCAGUCCUGUUCAUGUUCUCUCUCACCAGCAGUACAGCUGUGCUGUGAGGAUAUUAAGGGGAUGAGUGAAGAGGGGUUUUAAGUGUCAUUAACUGGUAUUAUCAGAAAAUCCACCCAGCUUCACUAUAACUGUGGCAUCUGAGGCUGGAGAAAAUGAUGAAACUGUCCAAACUACACUCAAGUUUACAUAUAGUGAAAAAUACCCAGAUGAAGCCCCCCUUUAUGAAAUAUUCUCCCAGGAAAAUCUAGAAGAUAAUGAUGUCUCAGACAUUUUAAAAUUAUUAGAAUUACAGGCAGAAGAAAACCUUGGUAUGGUAAUGAUAUUCACCUUAGUGACAGCUGUACAAGAAAAAUUAAAUGAAAUUGUAGAUCAAAUAAAAACUAGAAGAGAAGAAGAAAAAAAACAAAAAGAAAAGGAAGCAGAAGAAGCUGAAAAGCAAUUAUUUCAUGGCACUCCUGUUACAAUUGAGAAUUUCUUAAGUUGGAAGGCCAAAUUUGAUGCAGAACUCUUAGAAAUUAAAAAGAAACGAAUGAAAGAAGAAGAGCAAGCAGGAAAAAGCAAAUUAAGUGGGAAACAGCUAUUUGAAACAGAUCAUAAUCUUGACACGUCUGAUAUCCAGUUCCUGGAGGAUGCUGGAAACAGCGUGGAGGUAGAUGAGUCUUUAUUCCAGGAAAUGGAUGACUUGGAAUUGGAGGAUGAUGAUGAUGAUGAUCCAGACUACAAUCCAGCUGACCCAGAGAGUGAUUUGACUGACUAAUAGACUACUCUGUAGACAGGCUUGACUGCCACAGCAUCUGUGGCUAUCCUUAGAGGGUGUUGAUUUUUCUUUCUUUUUUUCUAAGAAAAAAAUAAUUUUCAGGAGAAUAUUCUUCUGAGAGCUUUCAUCAUUGAACUUAAUAAACUGAGCUUAAAAUUUCAAAUAUAAAUGGUUUCAUGCCUCUAAUUAUUAAGGAGAUGGUCACAUAUUUAUCAUUAUCUAGUGUCUAAUUGUCUACUGCCAGUCUACUAAGACUUGAAGAUAAGGCCAUUGCAUGUGGAUUUAUAUUUAUAUUUGAGUGGUUGGAUUUAUCUUUGACUUGGAAGUUCCUUCUGGAGACAAUGGUAACUUUUGGAUUCUAAGUGUUGUCAUUCAAAAUAUAUGCGUAAGAUGAAUAGAGCAUUUAAGACAUGAAUAUUUCACCUUUUGUCAUGCAAAAACCAGAAGCUUAUGUUAAGAAUAAAAUGGAUGUUAGCUUUA